AUGGCGUCGACGGCCGCGGUGGGAGUCCAGGCGACCGCGAGGUCGCCGUGGGCUCGGGGCGGCGGUCGCGGCGAGCUCGGAUCGCGACACCGCGUGGGCGGUUCGCAAAGACCCGGACCGCCCAAUCGUCGGAUCUCGUCGAGGACGUCGACGACCGCCGCCCCUAGAGCCGCGGUGGACGGCUCCGCGCCGACCCAGGACGAGCUCCCGGACUUCGCCAAGGCGCGGAGACCGCUGCCGAACGUCCGGGACGUCGUCAAGAACCCGAUCAAGUUCGCGAGCGACCUCACCGACGCCAUACCCAAGGGCGCCGAUCGCGUCAUCGAUCAGAAGGUUCGCCAGGUUGUCGUCCCCGCGAACAGGCUCGAGGACGCCAUGCGCGCGCUGUCCGGCCCGGAGCUCGCCGCUAAGACGGACGAGUUCCGCGAUAGGCUCAAGAAGGGCGAGACCCUGGACGAUCUGCUCGUCGAGGCCUUCGCGGUGGUCCGCGAGUGCGCCAGGCGCGAGCUCAACAUGAGGCAUUUCGACGUCCAGCUCGUCGGCGGCGCGCUGCUGCACGACGGGUGCAUCUGCGAGAUGGCCACGGGCGAGGGCAAGACGCUGACGGCGACGCUGCCCGCGUACCUUAACGCGCUCACGGGUAAGGGGGUGCACGUCGUCACCGUGAACGAUUACCUCGCGAGGCGCGACGCCGAGUGGAUGGGCCGCGUGCACCAAUCGCUCGGGCUCACCGUGGGCAUCAUCCAGACGGACAUGGAGGCGGAGGAGCGGAGGGAGGCGUACGAGGCGGACAUAACCUACGUCACCAACACCGAGGUUGGCUUCGAUUACCUGCGGGAUAACAUGGCCAACGAGGCGCACGAGCUCGUCAUGCGCCGCGGGUUCAACUUCGCCAUCGUCGACGAGGUCGAUUCCGUCCUCAUCGACGAGGGGCGCAACCCGCUGCUCAUCACGGGUCCCGCGACGGAGGGGGACGAGGAGAUGAACAAGUACACCGUCGCCUCGCAGGUGGCGGCGCAGCUCAAGGAGGGAUCGGAUUACGUCGUGGACCGCAAGCAAAAGACGGCGGAUUUAACGGAGCGGGGGAUGAUGGUCGCGGAGCAGCUCCUGGGCGUCUCGGACAUCUGGGACACGUACGACCCGUGGGGCCGGUACCUACUCCUCGCGGUCAAGGCCAAGUCUCUGUACCUCCGCGACGUCCAUUACAUCGUCCGCGAGGGUCAGGUGAUGAUCGUCGACGAGGGCACCGGGCGCGUGCAGCCCAACCGCCGGUGGAACGAUAACAUCCACCAGGCGGUUGAGGCCAAGGAGGGCGUCGAGAUCAAGCGGGAGAACACCACCGUCGCGUCCAUCUCGUACCAGUGCCUGUUCAAGCUCUACGACAAGCUAUCCGGCAUGACCGGCACCGCGUCCACCGAGGCUGAGGAGCUCUACACGACGUACAAACUCUCGGUCGUCACCGUGCCCACGCACAGGCGGAACAUGAGGGUCGAUAAACCCCACGCGAUGUUCCGAACGGCGGCGGCUCGAUGGAACGCCGUGGCGGACCUCAUCGUGUCGUGCCACUGGGAGGGACGGCCGGUGCUCGUGGGCACCACCUCGGUGGAGCACAGCGAGUACCUCUCCCGGCUCCUCGCCGAGUACAGGUGGCAGUCCCAGGACGGCAAGCUGGUGAACGGGGUGCCCCACAAGCUCCUCAACGCCCGCCCGCAGCUCGCGGCGAAGGAGGCGGAGAUUGUCGCUCAGGCUGGCCGCGCCCACGCCGUGACGAUCGCCACGAACAUGGCGGGACGAGGCACCGACAUCGUGCUCGGCGGUAACCCCCCGGGCCUCGCCAGGCUCUUCCUCGAGCGCGCGCUGUUUCCCAAGCUCAGCGUGGGCACCCCCGAGGCUGACGACGCGUCGGAACCCAACCCGAUGGCCACCGUCGGGAUGUCCCCAAAGACGGAGGCUGCGGUUCAGGCCGCGGUGGGCCUCGCGCACGUCACCGCCAAGGCGGACGGCGCCGUACCGGUGUCUCCCGACGCCGUCGUGGCGCUCGUGACGGAGGCUGUCGAGUACGCGGAGCAGAUUCUGAGGGGCGGCGCGGUGCGGGAGGCUGCGGAGGCGGCGGCGGCUGAGAGGGAGAAGGAGAUUGGCGGCCCGAACCCCGUCAUGAACGCGCUCAGGCACGCCGCGGUAUGCCUCCUCGAGGACUGCACCGCGCAGUGCGAGCGCGAGGCGACGCUCGUGCGCGACCUCGGCGGCCUUCAGGUCAUCGGCACCGCCCUCCACGACAGCCGCAGGGUGGACAACCAGCUCCGCGGUCGAGCCGGUCGGCAGGGCGACCCGGGCUCCACCAUCUUCUGCCUCUCGAUGGAGGACGAGCUCAUGGCGGUGUACUGCCCGGGAUGGGCGUCGUCGUCGGUGUGGGACUGGUCCGGGAUGGACGAUGACACCCCGCUCUUCUCCGACGUCGUCGAUAAGCAGCUCGCGGGGAUCCAGGCGUCCAUCGAGGACUUCCACGCCACGCACAGGACGUCGACGUACGAGACGGAUCGAAUCAUCGACGGCCAGAGGGACGCCAUAUACAACGUUCGACGCAAAGUCUUGGAGGACGGCCAGCAGCCGCUCAGGGCCAGGCUACUGCGAUACAUCGAGUGGAUCGUCGACGACGCGUGCGACAGGGCCAAGGUUGACGGCCUGAGGCCGAUCGACGACUGGGACAUCGAGGGCCUCCUCGACGACCUCCGCACUGUCUUCGCGGGUAGGAGGGACCAGUGGCUGAACGAGUCCGGGCAAACGAUGAGCGAGUUCCCGCACUUCCUCCCCGGCGUGGACGCUCGCGGAAUCCGCGAUGCGCUCAAGAGCAAGGGCGCCAUGCCGCUCCAGACGGAGCUCCCGGGCCUGGAGGCGGCGCCGGAGGUUGUCGCGGCGGCGCUUCGGGGGGUGGACGUCGUCGACAUGAAUCCCCCGGCGAAGCCCGCUCGGGUGGUGGACACGGAGCCCGAGGCUGCGGAGGAGUGCAUCGCGGCACGCGUCGAGAAGCGCAUGGAGAUCACCAAAGGCAUGAAAUCGCUGGAGGACUACGGCAGGAGGGGCAUGAACGCCGCGGAGGGGAGGAUGCUGCGAACGUAUCUCUCCGAGAGCGCCAUCGCGCUCUACCUGGACAGGUUCGCCCGGCUAAACCAGCGGUACGAUCGCACCGAUCUGGAGGCUGUCGAGCGCGUGUGGGUGCUGAGGGCGAUCGACGACCGGUGGCAGAGGCACCUGGUGGAGAUGCAGGUGCUUCGGAGCAGCGUCAACGUCCGAGCUUUCGGCCAGCUGGACCCGAUGGAGGAGUAUCGCAUCGACGGCGCGAGGGCCUUUGUCGACAUGGUCCGCGACAUGAGACGCAAGACGGUGGCGAACGUGUUCUUCUUCGUCGGAAGCGCCGUGGAGCCAACGCUGGACUUCGAGGAGGUGGCCGCGGAGGAGGCGGCGGCGGUGGCCAAUCCGGCGGCGGCUGAGCGUGAGGCUGAGAUCGCGAAGGUUAUGCAGGCGACUGGUAUGACGGCCAUGGCGGAUUUCAUCUCAAAGGGCGACGACGCCGAGGCGGAGACGGUUCUCGUGGAGGCGCAGAGGCAGGCGGCUCGCGCAGGUAAGAAGCUGCAGGCGAUGGACGACGGCGAGCAGAAGAAGAUGAUGGAGGAGGCUGAGCGGGUGCUGGCCAAGCAGCGGGCGCUGAUCGAGGAGGAGGAGGAGGAGGAGGACCCGGACGGUGACUCCGACGGCUCGGUCACUUACAAAUUUUGA